GAUAUGAAAUCCAGCAUAUAUAUCUUGUUUGCUGUGUCAUAAUAAAAUAAUUAUUAUUAUUUGGGGCGGCUCACAGAUAAUACCAGAUAAAAACAACAACAAUAUACAAUAUAUCAAUGAGCAAAAACAUGCACAAAUGAUAAAAUUUAGACAUUAACCUCUAGAAAUAAAAACACACUUAAUCAAACAUGGAAUUAAAACAGCGAGGUUAUGAUAAUAUACUAAGUAAAGUGCACAUUAUAAAGUGCACAUGAGAAGAAGGGUGGAAUAUAAUAUUGUACAUAAAUAAUCUAUAUAUAUAAAAGAGUGAUGGAAUCCUGGCGACCCACAAAACAACAAAACUACAGGCCCCCCAACCUCGAAAUUUGACAACACAACCCAUCAUCCAUGCCUCUAGGUUGAUACAACAAAAAGAAAAGAAAAAUAAAGUCCUAAUUAGAGAGAGAGGAAUAAUUGCUUUUAUCCAAUUGCUGCCAGUUAGAAGGCUAAGCUCCUCCAACUUGGUCUCCUAGCAACCCAAUAAAAAAUAAUAAAAAACACUAAAAAAUAAUUAAAAACACUAAAAAAUUAAUACAAUAAAAUACUAUAAUAACAGAAAAUAACUAAAAAAAUACAAGAAAAUAAUAAAAUAUAAUAAAUAAAAAGAUAACUUACAAUAAAAUUAAUUUAAAAAAUACAAAUAACGUCAAAUAAAAAUUACACAACAAUUUUUAACCAAUACCACCACCACUUUGCCACAGCAACGCGUGGCCGGGCACAGCUAGUAAUAAAUAAAAGUAAAGUGCACGUUAUAAAGUGCACAUGAGAAUAAGGGCGGAAUAUAAUAUUGUACAUAAAUAAACAAAACGGUUAAAACGGUGUCAAGCUGCAUUCAUUCUACAAUGUAGAUGCACCCAGGGAAUCCAAUGCAGCCAACCCUUCCUUUUGAGUCCAUCCUCCUUAACUCUUAAUUCUUUCCAGAGCCAAGUUUUUUCUCUCCUCUUGAAAAAAACAAACAGGAGCCUCAAGCCCAAGCAUCAAGGCUGGCUUCAGUCAAGGCGGCUUCCAGGGAAAUGUCAAGAGAGAUCUUGGAAUUGGCCUUCGAAGGGGAGGAGAAGCCAGACAGGGGGAGGAGGAAGGAAAGAAAGAAAGAAGGAAGGAAGGGAAGAAGGAAGGAAGAAGGAUGAUAUAAAGGCCGCGGAGGAGAUGCUGUUCUGCCCCAGUUGCUCUCUCCAAGCCCAGCGAGAAGGAGAGCCUCCCCAGCUCCUCAAACAGAAGGCAGAGAUCUCGGUUGCCGGGAGUUUGCCGGACUCAGAUCCUUCUCUUUGGUGCCGAAAGGAUCCCAAGAAGCAGAGCAGAAGGAUCACUGUUUGCAACCGUAAGUCUGAAGAACAUCUCAGAAGAAGACUUUUUGGAACAAGUGUUGCCUGCCACCCAAUUUCGACGUCUUGCACGAUGGCCAGGAAUCCCUCUCCGGCGUGGACUCUGCUCCCCUUUGGGCUCCUGUUUGUGGUCCAUGGGACCCAAGCCUUCUUCUUGCCCAACGCCACCCACUUGGAAAGCCUCCUCAGCAAAUACCGUGAGGAGCAGCCCCACGUGAGGACCAGGAGGGCCAUCUCCCCCUCGGACAAGGACGAGAUCCUGGCCCUUCACAACAAGCUGCGAGGCCAGGCCUACCCGUCGGCAUCCAACAUGGAGUACAUGACCUGGGACGAUGAGCUGGAGCGGUCAGCCGAGUCCUGGGCGCAUCAGUGCAUUUGGGACCACGGACCCCACAGCCUCCUGCCGUCCAUCGGCCAGAACCUGGGCGUCCACUGGGGCAGGCAACGUCCUCCCACCUUCCAUGUCCAGUCUUGGUAUGAUGAAGUGAAAGACUACACGUAUCCGUACCCUCACGAGUGCAACCCUUGGUGCCCAGAAAGGUGCACGGGACCCAUGUGCACACAUUACACACAGAUAGUCUGGGCCACGACAAAUAAGGUGGGCUGCGCUGUCCACGUCUGCCCGAGGAUGGAUGUUUGGGGCCAACUCUGGGAGAAUGCUGUUUAUCUCGUCUGCAACUAUUCCCCCAAAGGAAACUGGAUCGGAGAAGCUCCGUACAAGAACGGCAGGCCGUGCUCCGAAUGCCCGCCGAGCUACGGAGGAGUCUGCCGGGAAAACCUCUGCUACAAAGAUGACGCUUACGCCCAGAAGCCCGAGAGAGAGGAGACCAACGAGGUGGAGGUGCCGCAGGUGACGGAGGAGAAACACGUGUGGGUGCCGGAGAGGGCGAGGCCACAGCCCACCAGGCCCGCCACGGAGAAGAAGACCCCGCGCACAGCCCUGGCCCACAUGACCCAAGUGAUCAAAUGUGACACCAAAAUGAGGGACAAAUGCAAAGGCUCGACGUGUAACAGAUACCUCUGUCCCGCCGGAUGUUCGAACAGCAGAGCAAAAGUGUUUGGGACCUUCGACUAUGAGAGUUCAUCCAGCAUAUGUCGGGCUGCCAUUCAUUCCGGCGUGUUGGACAACCGAGGAGGAUUAGUCGAUAUCACCAGGAAAGGAAGAUCAGACUUCUUUGUCAAGUCAACACGAAAUGGAAUUGAAUCGAUAAGUAAAUUCAAGCCUUCCAAUGCCUUUGUCGUGUCCAAAGUGACAGUGCAGACACUGGAUUGUUACACCACGGUAGAAGAACUCUGUCCAUUCAAGAAGCCCGCCACGCAUUGCCCAAGGUCAUACUGUCCGGCGUAUUGCAAGAAUGAGCCAUCCUACUGGGCUCCGGUCUACGGGACCAAUGUUUACGCAGAUAGCUCGAGUAUCUGCAAGACGGCUGUGCACGCGGGGGUCCUGAAGGAGAACGAAGGGGGUUACGUGGAUGUCAUGCCCGUGGACAAGAAGAAGUCCUACAGCGGUUCUUUGAAGAACGGGAUUCGGUCUGAAAGCUUAAAGACUCCGAGGGAAGGGAAGGCCUUCCGGAUCUUCGCCGUGAAGCAAUAAACCUCCGAGAGGACCAGCCCUUCAAUCCAAGGAGGAGCACGUUGCGCUGUACUUAAGCGACGGGACCAGGCCCAUUCAUCCCGACAUGUAGUACGACAAAGCCCUAUUAGUUAAAACUCUUGAAAGCGAGCGGGAGAGAAAUAACAAGAUGGCUGCAGGAAUCGCCUUUGGACUAUCCGUGUGUCAUUGGCGUCACGUCUUAUUAGGUUAUAUUUUUGCUAUCAAAUGCUUAGGGUCAUUCCAUGGAGGUUGUAGGUCCACAUUAUAAGAAGAAGAGGAAGAAGAGGAAGAAGAAGAAGAAGAAGAAGAAGAAGAAGAAGAAGAAAGGCAUUCGACACUAUAGAGUUGUCCCAUUCCUGGCUACAAUUUCCCAAAGACAGGUCCUUCAAACUUGCCCAAAGAUAGCAUGUUGUUGUUUCUGAAGUUGGGUGUGUGGAUGGUUGAAAAAUCAAAUAGGUAUGGAAUCAGCCAAGAGACAACCAGUUGGCCAAAGUCAACCAUCUCAGUGUUUCAGAAACGUCUUUUUGGGAAGUCUUAGCUGGGUCAAUGGUUGGAUGAGAUAGGAACAUGAAGUUGAAGCAACGUGGGCAGAUAUUUAGUGGACUUUGGAAAGGGAAACAACUUGGUCAACGAGUGCCAUCUCUGAAAACGAAACAGAAGAUGUGGCCUAGUUUGUGUUUGCUGGUCAAACAACCACAGAAGGUCUUGCGGUGAUGUCAACACAACGACUAACCUUUUGCUCAGUGGCACACUAGACAGCCUUAUAUUAAUUACUUAGAGUUUAAUACAAGUUAUUUUAUUCAGCAGAGCUGAUCGUAACCUCGCUACGCAGUGGUCUCUCAAUGUGGAUCUUUAUUUUAUUGUCGCCUUUUUGGUUUGUACAGAAUUGGAGCUUGUCUCUCUCAACCGUUGUCUAUGUCUGUUGGAAUCAACCGUAUUAUCUUGCAGGGAGAGUUGUCCAUGCUGCUCGGUUUUCUUGAAUUCUAUAUAUCUGAAAUGUUUCCGUAAACUCCCACAAUUUUUAUUUUUACCAUUUUUAUCAUUCCACUGUUUCUUUUGAAACCUCAAACCUUUCUGUGAAUGAGAUCCCAAGAGCCUGUUUGUUCCUUUUGUCCAUGAAAAUCUGGGUCCCUCUUUCUCGUUGGUCCACGAAACUCUGAUUUCAAGCCAUAUCACAACAUGACCAAUGCUACGAUUUGAACAUGGGAUAGCUAUUUAUUGAGAGAGGUGGGUGUUUAUUUUGCAGUGCUCAAUGGUUUUUCAUUGGUUUGUCUUUUCAAAAUUAGCAAGUCUCCGAUUAACUUUGUGAGCACACGGGACUCUGCCCGUAAAGGACACGCUUCCAUCCGUGUUGCUCCAAUGGUGCUAGUUAGAGAUCGGACAUCUUCUUCCCACCUCUUUUGUUCAAGUAAUAACCCCAAAAUAAUGGAUUCAUUUUCUGGGUAACUUUUGAAUUUCUACUAUACUCGAGUAUAAGCCGAGUUUUCAGCCCUUUUCAUGGCUGAAAAACCUCAUUCGCCUAAAACUCGAGUGAAGAUCCUGGCUGGCUUAUAUUCGGGUCGAGUAUAUAGAUAAUCAGAGUUGGACAGUCUUAUCUUAAAUUUUAUGUAAAUAUUCAAAAACACAACCUACGGAUGCCUCAAUUAAUUUAAUUGUAUUUGUAUCUAUUUUUAUUUUUGAGAUUUAUCACCCUCGUCUUAUACUCAAUAAGUUUUCCAAGUUUGUUUUGGGUAAAAUUAGGUGUCUCGGCUUAUAUAAUCAGGUUGGCUUAUACUCGAGUAUAUACGGAUUUAGUAGAAGGCAGUGAGUAAAUGCUGACUAUGAUUGAAAUCCCAGGACAACAUGACCCCAAAUAAUAAUAAUAAUAAUAAUAAUAAUAAUAAUAAUAAUAAUAAUACUUUAUUUUUCUAUCCCGCUACCAUCUCGGGGUGGUUAACAUGAGGCUGAACCCAACACAGAAACAGAGUAUAACAAUUUAAAACACAUAUCAAUGACUAAAAACAAUAGUACAAAUAGGUUCAGAGCUGUUCGGAAACUGAUUCAAUUAGAAACAAGUUGCUGCCUUACACUGCAUCACACUCUGAUUCCUUUAGCUUCUUAGUGUCAGAUCUAGUUGUCAAACUCUCCAACAUUUCACAGAUGAAAGGGUGUGAUAUAGGCAACAUCAGAGCCUUGUCAAGAAGGCAAAAGGUAUUAAUGAAGAACAGACAAGUUUGGAUUUCGCUGUUGCAGGAUUUCUCCUCUCCUUUCCUAUCCCCCCGGCUUUGACUUCUGCACUUUGAACUCAGUUUGCAGCCAAUGAAAUAAGCUGAGGACAAAGGGGGAAAAUGGGAGGAGAAGGUGAAAAAAAGGAAGAAAAUGGGACAUUCUGAAAGCAGCUGGAAAAGGGAAUUAGGAGGGAAUGAAUUGGAACUCUCCACGCCAAACCAGGUGUAGCACAGUUCUUCUAAUGCUGUGGUUCCCAACCUUUGGACCUCCAGAUGUUUUGGACUUCAGCUCCCACAGUUCCUAACAGCCUGGAUUUCUGGGAGUUGAAGUCCAAAACACCUGGAGGACCAAAGGUUGGGAACCUCUAGUCUAGUCCUACCUACAGAUCACGGUAAGACUUCUCUGCUGGUUUCUUGUCCAAAUACGAACCAGGACAGACAAUACUUAGCUUGCAUUGGAUAUGAGGUUGGAGGUGAGCAACAGUCACCACGCUUUGUCUAAAGCAUUCCUUUCUGGUUGAGUCCUUCACCGCAAUUCACCCCACAGUUGAACUUCCAAUGAAUAUGGAGGUCCAUUUGUAGGUCCACCUUGUGUGGAUUUGAUUAUUCAUGGAAUCAUGGAAUCCUAGAGUUGGAAGAGACCUCACGGGCCAUCCAGUCCAACCCCAUUCUGCCAAGAAGCAGGAAAUCACAUCCAAAGCUCCUUCGACAGAUGUCCAUCCAGCUUAAAAGCCUCCAAAAAAGGAGCUUCCACCACAGAGAGUUCCUCUGUUGAACAGCUCUCACAGUUAGGAAGUUCUUCCUAAUGUUUAGGUGGAAUUCAUAGCAUUUCAAUGUUCUCCAUGGACUUUUAUGGUCAGUUGGACUAUAAGGUUGACCUGGAGGAUCUAGAGCAGUAGUUCUCAAACUGUGGGUCCUCAGGUGUUUUGGUCUACAACUCCCAGAAAACCCAUCCAGUUUACCAACUGUUAGGAUUUCUGGAAGUUGAAGGCCAAAACAUCUGGAGAACCAUUGACCUAGAGAUUCCUUGAGAUAACCCCUUGGUCUUCCAAGACAAUUCUGUGGCCAACUUCUAAUGGGGGUUGACCUUCGAUUCAUACUGGAGGACACAAGAAAGUCCAAACUUAGCAAAGACUUAAAACCAGAAGGCUCGGCAUGGCAUUGAUUUAGUUGUGGUAUGCAAUGAAGCCUGUAAGAGAAUAAUUUAAGAUAUUUCUGGUUCUUUUCAAAACAACUGGACCGCAACUUAUUUGGGAUACAAAUAGGAUGUGGAUUCUUCAGUGUCGUCAGCAAUGCAUCCAGGCUUAGCAGAAGUCAGCAGCUUCCCCAAAUACUAAUUCAUCCAAAUCACAACUUAUCCCUUUUGAUUCAUUUCUGUAUGGCCUAUAGGAAAAGUAUCUUUGGAAAGAUAUAAUCCAUAGUCACCCUUUGAUCAACAAUAUCCUGAUAGCAGGUACAUUCCAAUGUGAAACCAUUAGAGCCCAAAACACCAUUCCUCCCUCUGCACAACUUUAUAAAAUCUCUCUCUGAAACAUCAACAGCAUAAACCUUACAUGUGGGCCACAACAGCCUGCAAUUUUUGUAUAUUUGCUUUGGUUUUUUUCUAUGAAAAAUGAUGUAUUUUUUACUACUUGCUCUGUAAAAAAAAAAGGAAGUUGACUGUAAAUGGCUUUGUUUUAGCUUUGCAUGAUCUUUAAAAAUAUGUCUUUAUUGUCUGGGUUUCCCUUUUUUACUUUUCAGCGAAAGAGCGAUACCAAAAAAAUUAAAAUUAAAUACCUAUCGGCCAGCUUCUUGUUAUUUUGAUCUAUGAUAUUUGUGGAAAUAAAACCUUUUGAGAACUAAAA